ACAACGACGUUUUAGUUGUAUACGUGACUUCGAACGUACUGCAUGUUGUGAAGCGUUUUCUAUAAAGACAAGAAUAUAAAUUUUUAAAUUUCCAGUAUUUUUAAUUUUUUUAAUUCAACUUUCUUUCUCUUUUUUUUUGACCUUAAAUUAAGUACAAAUGAAAUCCAAAUUAAAUUGGACUGAUAAAGUGAAUUUUUGUGAAGUGUAAAAGUGGAACCAGUGGGAACCUCUUUUAAAAAAGAGGUUAGAAAAUGCUCUUGAGUAGCGGCGCGCCGCUCUCGAGUGUUUCAUUUUCAUCAUCGACGAUGUUAUUCAUCGAAAUCCACAACGUGGUGCAUUUAAUCAAGUUGAAAAGUCGCACCACUAAUUAAAUCACAAAUUCAGUGUUAUUCAAAGUAAGAUUUUUUUGUCUUAAAAAAUAAUGAAAAUUUGAAAAUAAAAUUUUAAUUUUACCAUUUAAAAACACCUGCCAAAAAAGACAUGGCGGGUUUUAGAGAUGAGGACAAGGCUCUUUUUCCACUGCAAAGUAUAUCGUCGAUUGUACAAAUUUUUCAAAAUCAAUUGGAAAAUAGCUCGGAGCCUGAUCUUGCAUUACUUUCUAUUCUGGUUGGUGCGGUUGAAAAUUCAUUAACCUGCAAUCGUACAUUUACAUCGCAAGACUCGAUUGUUUAUGAUGAGCCAAAAUUGCCAACUGUGGAAUUUCACAUUGCCGAGGCAUUAUAUGCAAAAUUUCAGGCGGUCAUUAAAGGUGCUGUUGAUUUAACGGUUUUUGAUACAAAAUAUGCAACAAGAGAAUUGGUUAAGAAAGUGUCAGACGUUAUAUGGAAUUCGUUGACGAGAAGCUACUACAAGGACAGAGCACAUCUUCAGAGUCUUUAUAGUUAUUUGACGGCGAAUAAACUCGAUUGUUUUGGAGUUGCUUUUGCUGUUGUUGCAGGAUGUCAGGUAUUGGGUUUUAAGGACGUGCAUUUGGCAAUGUCGGAGGAUCAUGCAUGGGUCGUCUACGGGGAGGAUGGUAACGAAACAGCUGAAGUCACCUGGCAUGGGAAAGGAAACGAAGACAAACGUGGACAGCCAGUGGAAGCAGGUGUGGCGUCUCGAUCGUGGUUAUAUGUUAACGGCCAAGCUGUAAUAUGCAAUCGAGCAAUGGAAGUUGCAACGAUUGUGUCGGCGAUAAAUCCUAGUCUUAGCGCGACUGCAGACGCUGCUGAAGUUGCAUUAUUGCAGCAGGAAUUAUUAUGGUUACUCUACGAUUUGGGACAUCUCGCCAAAUAUCCAAUGGCUCUUGGCAAUUUGGGUGACCUUGAAGAAGCAGCGCCUACACCCGGAAGACCGCCUGCAAUUGACCUCUUUCAGGAAGCUAUUCGAUCCGCAAGAAAGUAUUAUGGCAACGCACACGUUUAUCCCUACACUUAUCAAGGUGGAUACCUUUAUCGUCAUGGUUUGCACUCCGAGGCUCUUUCUUCCUGGGCGGAUGCUGCAGACGUAUUAAGAAAAUACGAUUACUCCAGAGACGAUGGGGAAAUUUACAAAGAACUUCUAGAAAUCGCCAACGAACUGAUACCACACGCUGUCAGGGCCGAUGAACGUCUCCUCCGUCAGCCCCGAUGUUUCGCUCACCUUCUACGUUUCUACGACGGCAUUUGUCAAUGGGAGGAGGGUGCGAACACUCCCGUUUUGCAUAUCGGCUGGGCACGUCCUCUAGUUAACACAAUAUCAAAAUUCGACGCCAGUAUUCGAGCACAAGUUGUCAUUGAAUGCUACGAAACGGAGACAAAAAUCGAAGACGAAAAUGUGCAUAAAAAAGAAACGAGUCCCGACGAGACACUCAAUAAUAACAAUAAUAAUUAUUACAAGACAAAAGAAAAGGGCAAUACGGCUCGUGAUUUAAUCAAAAGUUUAGAAUCGAAAGUACCAGCAACACCGGCACCGACACAUCCCAGUAUUCAGGCAUUAACAGCGGCGUGUAGCGAGAAAAUACUCAACAGGGAUUAUCUUCUGCAGGGCGAUGGCGAACCAUUUGUCGCGCCACCUGAAUUGACAAUAAAUUCGGCGCCUUCGACAUCAACGCAGGAAUCGACCGUUGCCGCCGAGGAGAUUGUCGACGAUCCUGAGAAUGAGAAGCCAAAGAUAACGCUCUACAGUCAAAAAAUGAAGGGUCUCAAGGAUUUACUUCUUGCCGAGAAGCUCAACACUCAUGCUAUUUCAUUGCAAUUAACAGCGCAGAGUCAAGUUCAAAUUGGUAAGAAAACGAGAAGCGGUGAUGAAAUUGGUAUUAAUCAACGACCAAAGAGAACACGUCGUGAUUAAUAUCCCUUAAAUUUUGCCAGGAGGAAAGAAAAACAAAAUUAGAAAUCCAAUUAAAAACUUGGAGGUAAUUUGAUAUUUUUAGUCUUUGAAAAUCACAAUGAGAAUUUUGUCAAACGUAUACGAUUCCCUUUCUUUAGAAAAACAAAAAAUUCUCCAGAGUUAUUUCCAAAAGGCACACUUUUCGUUUUUGUUUUUCCGAGAUUUGAGAUUUGAAAAAAUCCGAGAUUUGUUUUUCUCCGUAGGCACAUAUUUGAGAUUUUCUGAGCCAGUAACAGAAGCGAUAUAUUUAUCGUUAGAUCGAUAAGUUAUUUAGAGUAGUUUUGAAAGAAAAAAGAACAUUUUUGUAGAAAAGUAUAUACAAAAA